AUGAAUUCUCUCCGUGAACAUGACGACCCUUUGUCAAGCACAUUUUUUGAUACUACGUCGUCUUAUCUAGGAUCAAUGAACGAAAGCCAGACAGUCAGCUCUUCACUUUAUGCACCCCAAUACGACUACGACAAUGACCCAUGGGGAACCGUGCAUUCACUGCCCCUGCGAUUCAACCAAUGGAACACCAUCUCGACCCUUCCACCCUUCUCAGUAGAUGGUAUCAAAUUGCCGGAUGUCUACAAUAAACUUUUUAGUUCCUGUCAGCGGUCUGGUCGAGUGUCCUUGGUGUCUCUCGGCAAAUUGAUCAAUGCUGGCCAUUUGUCGGCUAUUGAGACCGAAAAGAUCCUUCAGAUUGUGUCUUCUGGCCAGUCUUUUGUCUCUCGCCAAGAAUUCAACUUGGCUCUCGUCCUAGUAGGCUGCGCUCAGCAUGAUAUGGAUUUAUCAUUGGAAAAUGUCAAUCGUCACAGAGAAGGUCUCCCGGUUGCUGUACUUGAUCUUGGUUUGGAUGAGCCAAAAGUACCUCCACUCGGCCUAGCAUCAAACACUCCCAAUCUUCUACACUCGGCUGAACAAGCACCUCUACCCGUCCAGACAUCUCAACCACCUGCAGCAAAUCCAAAUCCAAAUCCAAAUCCAAAUCCAAUAAACACAACAAAUUGGUUCCAGCAACUAGAAGAAGUCAAGGUUACCAUUGCUCCUGAAAGAGAGGGAUUUAUUUUCAAGCAUGUAAACUAUAUUGUCGAAAGUCAGAAACGGUCAUCUAUUGUCCUCAGACGAUUCAGUGAUUUCUGGUGGCUGAUGGAAGUCCUGGUACGACGUUAUCCUUUUAGAGCCUUACCCAGUCUUCCCCCAAAAAAGAUGGGUGGACGGGAUGGAGCAUUCCUGGAAAGAAGGCGUAAGGGAUUAUCAAGGUUUAUGAAUGCUAUUGUUCGCCAUCCUGUGUUACGUGCGGAUGAGGUUGUUGCUCGGUUUUUGACUGAACCAGCUGAGUUAGCAGCAUGGCGUAAACAAAAUCCACCAAAACUAGAUGAAGAAUAUAGGCGCAAGGGCGAUUCUGUACAGACUGAUCUGACUGUUAUUCCAGAACAGCUGGAUGAACAUAUCCAAAAGGCCAAGCGUCGAGUAGGGGCGUCUAUUGAACACUAUAUUAACCUUUGUCACCUUAUGGAGCGUAUGGUUCGACGCAUGCAUGGUCAGGCCACAGACUAUGUUCGGUACAGCAUCGCACUAAAUUCAUUGGCAGAGAGUGAACAUCGCUACCAUGCAUCUGAAUGUAUAAAUUGCCAGCGUGUGGUCAAGGGAUAUGAGCUGGUGGCCAAACACAUGCAGUGCGAAAGUAGUCUGCUGGAUAACCAGGUUAAUGUGACAGCAGACGGUGUUCUCGAGAACUUAAAAAGAUUCAGAGACCUCUUGGUUUCAUUUCGAGAACUGGAUGAGCGUAAGGAGAGACUUGCAGGAAAUCAGAUCGAAGUCCUCUCCAAACGGAUAGCUGGUGACCGUACCAAAGUCAACCAGCACAAGGGAGUUCCAGGCCUUGAAGCAGAAGUUGAACGUUUGGAAGAAUCUAUACGCAAUAAUGAGCUUCAAGUGCAUGAUCAGGAAUGUCGUCGCCAGUUUAUUCGCCACUGUAUUUAUGGAGAGCUCAUCUAUCUGCACAAACAGCAGGCAUUUGUGUCGUCACUCUACCGGGACUAUGUGCGGGAUAUGGCACAAUUCUCUCGCCAACGCGCUGAAAACUGGCAGUCUCUUGAGAAUCCUAUCCUGGAAAUGCCAACAGACGUUAAUCUUUUUGAUUAA